AUACACUCAUACUGAUGUGUCAAAACAUUAUUUUGUUAUCUUUAAAAUGUUGUAGGCGGUUGCAGCAAUAAUAACACCAUUUCAACAUCAUUUGCAGUUGAAAAUUAUACGAAUUAUGACGCAGAGUCACCUGCAGGGUGGUCGUGUGGACAUCUCCCUCAUCGAGAAUCUCGCCCGAAACAGUCUCAUCACUUUGUUGGAGAAAUGUGUCGGGCCCAAAUUAAUCGUCUGGGAAAACUCUUUAGCAGGCCCUGUGGGGCUCAUUGCUCAAUACCAUCAAUUGGAAGCCAUCGGGGUGCAGAAGAUGUUCCCUUUGCGUAAUAUUCCACUACCAGAAACCAAUGUAAAGCAUGUUAUAUUCAUCACGCGUCCGAAACUACAUUCGAUGGAUUUGGUUGCUUUUAAUGUGCACCAGGACUCUGCAACUGCAAGCGGCAAACAAAAACAGUAUCACUUGUUCUUCGUACCGAAACUCUGCUUGCUAUGCCAGAAAAGAUUGGAGAAUCAGCGAAUGUUGGGCAGUUUGACACUCAUUGAAGAGUUCAAAUGUGAAUUAUUCCCUUUUGAGAGUGAUUUACUCUCAUUAGAGAUUCCUGAGAUGUUUAGUGAAUAUAACAUACAAAACGACCCAUCGACGCUGUAUCAAAUCGCACAUUCGUUAAUCUCUCUGCAAAAAGUGUACGGCCCAAUUCCACGUGUUUGGGGUAAAGGACAAGCAGCCAAACAAGUCUGGGACCUCGUCCAACGCCUACAACGUGAAUCCAACCUCCAGGAAACAUUUAAAACCCAUCGAGCUUCAUCAAUCGACCAAAUUCUCCUCAUAGACCGUUGUAUUGAUCUUGUAACACCGCUAGUCACACAAUUAACUUACGAAGGAUUAAUUGAUGAAAUCUACGGGAUUAAUACAGCCACAGCGACGUUUCCAUCCGAAAAAUUCAAGAGUAACGAAGAGCGUGUUGUGGAUUCACUCCGCGAAGAGCGUAAGAAAAUCAUUUUGAAUUCUGGCGAUAAACUAUUCGCGAAUUUACGCGAUAAACAUUUCAAUGCGGUUGGACCGUAUCUAUCCAAACAGGCGAAGCUUAUCUCUUCACAAAUGGAAGAUAGGCACAAGAAAACCGUGCAGGAGAUGAAGUUAUUCGUGCAGAAACUGCCACAAUUGAUGUCGGAUAAAAAAGCGCUCGCGGAACACACUGCUAUUGCGGAGUGUAUCAAAGAAGUCACCGAUGGCUUUGAUUUCUUGGAUUAUCUGCAAACAGGGCAGGAGUUUUUGAAUUGUAUUGAUUUAGACAAGGCUAGUCCAUUCAUUGAGUCGUUAUUAGCUCAAAAAGCACCGAUUGUUGAGGUGUUGCGUCUGAUUUGCCUGCAAUGCAUUGCUUCCAGUGGAAUGAAACAAAAACUGUUGGAGUAUUACAAGCGGGAGCUUGUUCAAGUCUAUGGGAUUCAAGCACUGAUUGCCAUAACUCAUUUAGAGAAGGUGGGAUUGUUGCGGUGUCAAUCCGGAGUGCGUCCGUACAUGGUUUUGAGGAAAGCGUUGCAUUUAACUGUGGAAGACACUUCGGAGAUUAAUCCGACUGAUGUGAGUUAUGUGCACAGUGGGUAUGCGCCGUUGUCGGUGCGGAUUAUUGAGAAGUUGAUGAAGAACGACGGAUGGAAGCAGCUGCAGGAUUUGUUGGGUUUGCUGCCGGGGCCUACGUUUGAGGAUAAUCCGAUUGUGUUCAAUCAGCAGAAUCAGAGUAGUGACUCGCCGACGGUGGUUUUGGUGUUGUUUAUUGGGGGAUGCACUUAUGCAGAGAUUUCGGCGUUGAGGCAUUUAUCGCAGAUGGAAGACUCUAAUGUGGAGUUUAUUAUUGCUACCACUAAGUUGAUUAAUGGUAAGACCUUCCUGAGUAACAUUAUCAACGUGGAUCAAAAAAGUACGAAAUAAUAAAGAUUUUAAGAGAAA